GAAUGAACUUUGUGGGUGUUGGUGUGUUUUUGGGGUGUCUGAUGUUAGUCUAACCUGUGUGUAAGGUGAUUGAGAGACUGAUUGUAACCCCUUGUAGCCAAACCCAAGAGUUAAGUGUGGUUGAGUGAGUCGCUUUUGUGACAAUUGGUUGGCAGCGGUGGCAUAAUUUAAUUUUUUAUUAGAGCAUUAGUGCUUGGAUUAAGUGUUUAACCCUUGCACUAAAGGACUGUACAUCCUUGCGAGGAAUAUACAGUCUUCAAGGACAAACGCAGUGCAUAGUCUAGAAAAGACAUACUUGCAAACAGUAGUGCCCUUCCCUUCUUUUUUCUUUCCUAUCUUUUAUUUGGCAAUUGUCCUCUGAGAUGGCAUCCUACAAGAGGCAGAGCAAGGAACAGCUGUCCAGACUCUGUGAGGAGAGAGGGAUUGCAGUAGCAAAUCAGACCAAGGAAUGGCUUAUUGCAUCCCUGGUUGAAAGUGACCAAGAGUCUAGCACUGGGCAGGUGGGCCAAACCAUGGACAUUGCUAUUGGCCAGUACCACUCUGAUGAGAGUGGCAGCAACAGUUCGCAGAGUGGUACAGGAUCUUCUCUGCAACUGGUUUUGCAGCAGCUGGGUUCAUCGGACCCUAACUUACGGCUACAACUUAUACUGCAAUACCAGCAGGCCGAGGCUGCAGCAGCAGAACGCCAGGCCUCAGCAGAGAGGGAGGCAGCUGAGCGCCAAGCCGAGAGGGAAGCAGCAGCAGCAGCAGCAGCAGCAGCAGCAGAGAGGGAGGCAGCUGAGCGCCAAGCAGAACGACAAUUCCAGCUGGAGAUGGCACGGCUCCAAAAAGGUACUGCCCCACCUCACAGCAGUGACUCCCGGGAGGCCAAUGUCUUCAAACCCCGUCUGGAGAAUUUUCCCGUGAUGGAGAAGGAUGGGGAUCUGGACACUUUUCUGAGGGGGUUUGAAAAAACCUGCAGGCAAUUUCAUUUACCCCGUGAGCAGUGGGCAAGUUUCCUGACCCCAGGGCUUAAGGGCAAAGCUCUGGAAGUUUUUGCGGACCUUCCACUAGAAUAUGAUGGGGACUAUGAUGAAAUAAAAAAAGCUUUAAUUAGGCACUUUAACCUCACCCCAGAGGUACACCGCAAGAAAUUCAGGAGUCUACAGCGUGGGGCGCACGACAGCUACACUGAUGUGGUUGGGAGGCUGAGAAUCACCUUCCAUCAGUGGGUGCAGGGUCGCAGUGUCUCAACAUUUACAGAAUUGGAGGACCUGAUGAUACUGGACCAGUUCCUGUGUAUCUGUCCAGUGGAAGUCCAGCAGUUUGUCCUUGACCGUGAGCCCAAAACUGCUGAUCAGGCAGCACAAAUUGCAGAUGCAUAUACUGCAAACCGGAUGCCAGUAUCCAGGAAGCCUAUUCCAAACCCAGGGUCCCAUAGCUGGAAAGGAGGAAAGCCAGGAGGAAGCCCCUCCUUCCCUUCUUACAAACCGGGGGGAUCUGUAGCUGCUCCUGCAAGUAGCCCAGGGGUAAGGCCGGGACAGGUGGAUGCACGCCGCUGUUUUAUAUGUAAUAAGGUGGGCCACCUUAGUCAUGUCUGCCCUGACAAAAGGAAACCUACACCACCUGGAAAACCCCCUGGCCCAUCUCCUUCUGUUUUGUUUGUUGCUGGGACAGAGGGGAGCCACAAGGACAAUCUGCAGCCGGUUACCGUGGGCACUCAGGUAACUGUGGGACUCAGAGACACAGGAGCAGAGGUGACUUUAGUGCGCCCAGAGCUAGUAAACUGUGAGGAUAUUAUUCCCGGGAAGACCAUGGCUGUCACAGGAUUUGGGGGAGUCCGUCCUGCAGUGCCCAUGGCACGGGUUUACCUGGAUUGGGGAGCAGGGAGGGGGUUGCGGGAGGUAGGGGUGUCGGAAACCAUCCCUACUAAUGUGUUACUGGGUACUGACUUGGGCAGGUUGGUGUCACAGUAUGUGCCCGCAGGGGACCCUCUGGAGCCAGCAGAGCCCUACGUGAAUCCUGCUCAUCUACAGGUAUCUGAUAAUGAUGUUGAUUGUGAUGGGGGCUGGGAGGGAAAUCAGGAUGUGUUUGCAUGCAAUUCUGUAUUAGAGCCAGCUGAAUCCCCAUGCAUAGACCUGGGGGGAGGGGAAGUGUAUGUCCCAUCUCUAUCUCGGGGGGAGAACAAUUUCACAGGGAGUGUAGGGGGAUUCCCAGUAGCAAGCCACUGUGAUGUGGGAGGGGGGAACCUCCCUUGUGUUGCAGCAGUAACCCGGCAGCAGUCUGUAAGGGCAAGCCAGUAUCAGACUGGGGGUACAGGGCUGGAGGGUCUGUCACUGAGUGGGGAGGAGGGCCCCUCUGAAGGAAGUCCCCUGCCUGUAGCGUUGCUGUGUCCUGACCCAGAGGACAGGGGGGUUCCAGCUUCUGGGGCCCUGCUCACACUCACACCAGAUCCCAGGUUUGAGGCAAGCGGUCGGGAAUUUGAGGCAGCCCUCCUGACCGAUGCCAGCCUCGAAAAGAUGAGAGGCCUUGCAGCCCAACCCCCUGCUGAGACUGAUAAAGAAAGAAUAUACUGGCAUGAAAAUAGGUUGUACAGGGAAUCCAUGCCUACAACUACACCAGAGAAGUGGGUAAGUGACAGGCAACUAGUGGUGCCUUUGCAAUUUAGGGAACAGCUUCUAAGAAUAGCUCAUGAAAUCCCCCUAGCUGGGCAUUUAGGGGUACAGAAAACCAAGGCCCGUUUAGUACAUAAUUUCUAUUGGCCUAACAUGGGUACAGACAUUGCCAAUUACUGUCGUUCGUGCCACACUUGUCAGCGAGUGGGGAAAAAUGGAGAUAUGGGAAGGGCCCCAUUAGUUCCGUUACCAGUUAUUGAUGAACCCUUCCAAAGGGUAGCUGUGGACCUCAUAGGGCCCUUAGCUAUACCCAGCAGUUCAGGGAAACGGUUUAUUCUCACUGUGGUAGACUAUGCUACCCGGUACCCAGAAGCAGUAGCCCUAUCCUCCAUCCGGGCAGACAAGGUUGCUGAUGCCCUCUUAAGCAUAUUUUCAAGAGUGGGGUUUCCCAAAGAAAUGCUCACUGAUCAGGGGACUCAAUUCAUGUCUAACCUGAUGCAGUGCCUGUGUAAGAAAAUACAGGUGAACCACCUAAUUGCCAGCCCAUACCACCCCCAGACUAACGGCCUGUGUGAACGUUUUAAUGGCACCCUAAAGCAUAUGCUAAAGACCUUUGUAGAAUCCCAAGGGAAGGACUGGGAGCGUUAUCUCCCACACCUCCUAUUUGCCUACAGAGAGGUACCACAGGCAUCCACUGGCUUUUCCCCAUUUGAACUGUUAUAUGGGCGGAGGGUACGUGGCCCCUUAGAUCUGGUAAGGGAGGCAUGGGAAGGCAAGCUAGAUACUCCUGAGGUGUCAGUAGUUGAAUAUGUAAUAAGAUUCCGGGAAAAGAUGGAGGCAUUGACGGGAUUGGCACAUAACAAUGUAACCCAGGCACAGGCCUACCAGAAACAAUGGUAUGAUCGCCAUGCCAGAGAAAGGGUUUAUGAAGCAGGACAGAAGGUGUGGGUCCUGGUGCCAAUGCGUCAGAAUAAGCUACAGGCUGCCUGGGAAGGCCCAUACACUAUUCUGGAACGGGCUAAUGAUGUGAAUUACGUAAUUGCCCUAGAUGAAGAUGGGAAAAGAAAAAAGGUCUAUCAUGUAAACAUGAUCAAGGCCCAUUAUGAGCGGGAGGUCUCUGUAAUGCCAGUUUGUGGUAUGGCUGAGGAAUCAGGUUCUGAUCCUUUACUAGAUUUAGUUGCGAUGGCCCAGGGAACAGAGGGCAUAGGAGGGUCACAGGUCAGCAGCAUGCUCACCGUUAACCAAAGAACUCAGGUGAUGGGGUUACUUAACUCUUAUGUUAGUACGUUCUCCGGAAAACCUGGCAGAACCUCACUAGCCAUACACCAUGUAGACACCGGGGAUAAUCGCCCUAUCAGGCAGAUGGCCUACCGGGUAUCCCUGGAAGUAAAGGAGAACCUGCAGCGGGAAAUAGAGGAGAUGAUAGGGCUUGGUGUAAUUGUGCCAUCCCACAGCCCAUGGGCUUCCCCUGUAGUUCUAGUUCCAAAGAAGGAUGGUACUACUAGGUUUUGUGUGGACUACAGGAAACUAAAUUUAGUCACCACCUUUGACGCGUAUCCUAUGCCCAGGAUAGAUGAAUUGUUGGAUCAGUUGGCUGGCGCCCAGUACAUUACAAUAAUGGACUUAAGUAGGGGAUACUGGCAAAUCCCAAUGUCUCCAGAGGCACAGGAAAGGUCAGCAUUUAUAACACCUUUUGGGUUGUAUGAGUUCCAAACAAUGCCCUUUGGCAUGAAAAACGCCCCCGCCACGUUUCAAAGAUUGGUAAAUCAACUACUGGGUGGACUAGAAGGCUUUGCGGUGGCAUACCUAGAUGAUAUCGCCAUCUUUAGCAACUCUUGGGAGGAGCAUCUGGCUCACCUGUCCCAAGUGCUAGACAGGAUCCAGGGGGCAGGCUUAACUAUUAAGCCUGAGAAAUGCCAAAUAGGGAUGACUGAAGUGCAGUACUUGGGACACAGAGUGGGGAGCGGUACACUUCGCCCUGAGCCGGGGAAAGUAGAGGCAAUUACAAAUUGGCCCACCCCUAAGACAAAGAAGCAAGUAAUGUCCUUUCUGGGCACUGCGGGGUACUAUAGGAAAUUUGUCCCAAAUUACAGCGCCUUGGCCAAACCCCUAACAGACCUGACCAAAAAGAAGCUACCCCGUCUAGUGGAAUGGACAGCCGAUUGUGACCAGGCUUUUAAGACCCUAAAGACUAGCCUGGCCAGUGCCCCUGUUCUACAAGCUCCUGACUUUACCCGCAGAUUUGUGGUACAGACUGAUGCUUCUAACUAUGGCCUGGGAGCUGUCCUAAGCCAGGUUAACAGUAAAGGGGAAGAACAUCCUGUUAUAUACCUGAGUAGGAAACUGUUACCCAGGGAAGUGGCAUAUGCCACUGUAGAGAAAGAAUGUUUAGCUGUAGUUUGGGCCUUGCAGAAAUUACAACCCUAUCUCUAUGGGCGCAAUUUCACGGUUAUCACAGACCACAAUCCACUAAGCUGGUUAAACAAAGUAGCUGGGGAUAAUGGGAAACUCCUCAGAUGGAGUUUAAUCCUUCAGCAAUAUGACUUCACUAUACAGCACAAAAAGGGCAGUGAGCAUGGGAAUGCAGAUGGUCUUUCCAGACAGGGAGACUGUGCUGAGCUAGUGGGCACAGGGGAAGGCCGAUAGGCCAUCCUCUGUACCCAUUCCUGAGGGGGGAGGUGUCAUGCCAGGGCCACCUUGCACUGGCAUUUUAAAAGUUAAUACUAUAAUUACUCAGUCUCAGGCUCACACAGAGA